GAGAGAGAGAGAGAGGGAUUUCUGCUAACAUGAGCUCGCUCAAACUCCUGCUAACCUUAGCCACAGUGCGUAAUUCCCACCAUGCCAGCCCUCAAACUCACCGUAGUCGCUUCCAUGUACGGCAAACCCAACAAGCUCAAUAAGUGGGUCCGCACAAUGACGACCACCACCCCAAUCACCACCGCCACUAUUACAACCACCAGUUACCCCACCACAAUAGGCCAAACCCCAAAAUAUUCGGCGGCCUGGACACGCGGGUGGAGGGUAAGCCCGUGCGCACCCAUCCUCCCUCUGGCUCACGAUAAGGUUUUAUAUAGAAAGCUAGGGUUUCGCGGUCAGAAAUAUUUUUGUUCCUCCGAAGACAAAGGAGGGGUUGUGUCUGAAAUGGGUUCCGAAAACAAAGACGAAAAGUGGUACAAGAAUGACGCCUUGUCCACGUCAACAUCGCCGUCGCAGAACCACCACCACCGCCGCCCCAAAGCACCGCCGCUACCUACAUCCCCAUCAAAGCAACCACAGGCUGCCAAAUUGCUCACAUUGCCCACGAUCUUGACAAUUGGCCGUGUAGCUGCCGUUCCGCUUCUCGUUAGUACCUUUUAUGUAGAUAGCUGGUGGGGAACCACUGCAACAACAGGUAUAUUCAUUGCUGCAGCAAUUACAGACUGGCUUGAUGGGUAUCUUGCUCGAAAGAUGAAGUUAGGAACUGCAUUUGGUGCAUUUUUAGAUCCAGUGGCUGACAAGCUUAUGGUGGCUGCCACCUUGGUCUUGUUGUGUAGCAGACCUUUAGAAGUUGCUACGGUUGGACCAGUGCCAUGGCUACUAACUGUACCAUCAAUUGCCAUAAUAGGAAGAGAGAUAACUAUGUCAGCAGUUAGAGAAUGGGCUGCUACGCAGAAUGGCAAACUUUCAGAGGUUGUUGCUGUUAAUAAUUUGGGAAAGUGGAAAACAGCUACACAGAUGAGCGCACUAACCAUUCUCCUGGCCACCAGAGACAGCAGUCUCAUAGGGGCAGGAACUCUUGUUGCUUCUGGUGUUCUUUUGCUCUAUAUCUCAGCAUGGCUUGCUGUAUGGUCCUUAGUUGUGUACAUGAGGAAGAUAUGGAAAGUGCUGCUGAUGUAGCAAUUUUGCCCAUUAACUUUUAUUUGGCUCUUACAACGCGUCAUUAUGGGGUGGUGCCAGAUGAUUAUGGAGAACUUUUUGGUAUAUUUGCAAUGCCCAGGACAAUUAUUGCCAUAUAUGAACAGAGUAUUCAUUCUAAUUAUGGAUCAGUGGGGAGCUGCUUUUUUGGGAGGUUCCUGAAGUUGUUACUUUUGAUUAAACGCCUUUGACAUUUUGCAACCCUCAGUUUGCUAUGUUUCAUUGAGGAUACAGCAGAGUCCAGAUGUCGACACUGAUUUCAUGUUCCUUCUUAGUUCAUUACCUUGCCUCGUACAAUGGUGGUUUAGAAUAGUAAUCUGGAGCAUGCUGGAUCUUCAAAGCACCAGUUGGGCUUUGUUGCGGUACACUCCAUAUUUAGUUCUCGAGUAUAUAGAAGUGUAAAAGGAGUUCAGAUGAUUAAUCAAACUUUAGUUUUUCUCCAGAGCUGGAAGAAGUCUCACGAUUUCACAUAUUGUGUUAUACUGAUUUUUAUUGUCGAAAGACCUUUGAUUGCAUAGAGUUAAUCUUUUCUAUCUUGUGUUUUUACCCAGUAUGUUUUCAUGAUAGCAUGGAUUGUGCUUUCCUGUGACUUCGAAUAUCCGUUAAAAGAACUUGCUUUUGCCAAGUUUGUGUAGGUGAAACCACAUCACGUUUAUACAGUGUCGGUCGGGUUCUCAGCUCUGUAUACUCUUGUCAAAGCUGGUAGGGAUGAGGGAC